UAUAAAACACUAGUGUGUAGUUGCAUGUUGUUGACAUUGCGUUGUGUUGGUGGGUGUAGUUUUCAUCCGUAUAUUUCGUCGAACAAAGAGUCAGCGAGUUGGUGGGUACAAGAAGACAUGACUGGUGUAGCUGAAGCAUGGUACCGUCUACUUAUCUUCGGGCAUAUCUUUCUACCACACACUCACAUUAACGACGCUAAUAUUCUUUGA